AUGGAAGAUAAUCGGGAGCCUAACAACUCAACUCCUGGGGGCUACUACCCACUGGAGAUUGAGUUUAAAGCUAUGGAGAAGAGAGCGGAGCGCAGCCCUUCUAACUCCGAUGGAAAUGAUUAUUUUCUCUGUGCGGAGGAGGUACAGCAGGAAAGAAAGCCCGAAACUUGCUUAAGCCGCGCAAAGGCCUUUACAGGCAUUGUUGUGCCAUACGGUGGACUUGUUUCAAGCGUUUUCAACUUGGCUUCUGUUUGCGUUGGGGCGGGUAUUCUUGGCCUGCCAGCUGCCGCUAAUAGUAGCGGGUUGGUUAUGGCCUUUAUAUAUUUGCUGGUCAUCACCUGCUUUGCCAUUUAUUCCCUGCACAUUCUCGGCAAGACAAUGGAGAAGACAGGCCUUCGUACCUUUGAAAGCAUGGCAAAGCAAUUGGUGGGGGACCGCUUUGAUUACUUUGUUGCCCUUAUUCGGUGGAUCAAUUCAUUCGGUGCCACCAUUGCGUACGUCAUCAGCGUUGGCGACAUUUUGGAGCCGAUUCUCAUGAAUGCAUCUGGAACGCCACAGUUUUUAAGGAGGACCGCAGGGCGUCGUUUGCUGACGGCUGCGGUUUGGGCUGUUUUAAUGCUUCCGCUGGUGUUACCAAAGAAGGUGAAUUCCCUGCGAUAUGUUUCGACGUUUGCUGUUGCCUUUGUGAUGUACUUUGUGAUUAUGCUCGUUAUUCAGUCAGCUCGGAAUGGUCUUGGUAACCUUUACGGCGACGGUGAAGACCCAAUAAGACUUUUCAACACAGGUAAUGCAGCUAUUCAUGGACUCGGAGUGUUCAUGUUCUCCUUUUUGUGCCAAAUUAAUUGUUAUGAGGUUUAUUGGGAGAUGAAGAAGCGUUCAGUAAAGAAUUUUACUAUUUACUCAACCAUUGCAAUGAUACUCUGUCUUAUACUGUACAUAAUGACUGUCUUUUUCGGAUAUGUACAAUUUGGAGGGAAGGUUAAAAAUUCCAUCUUACUCAUGUACAAUCCUGUAACUGAACCAAUGGUGAUGGCGGGAUACGCCGGUAUGCUUGUCAAAUUGUGUGCAGCUUACGCAUUACAAACGAUGGCGUGCCGCAAUGCCGUUUAUCAUUGCAUCAGCUGGGAGGUAGAGACCCUUCCGUACUGGAAGCACUUUAUUGCCGUUAUUGCUCUCUCGACGGUUGUCUUAUUGUGUGGUCUGUUUAUUCCAAACAUUAAUACCGUCUUUGGUCUUGUGGGUGCCAUCUGCGGUGGUUUCCUGUCCUUUGUCUUCCCCGCACUGUUCUACCUCUACUCAGGGAACUGGACAUUGAGAUCUGUUGGGUUAUUUGACUACAUCGCAACAUACGCGUUGUUAAUUGCAGGGGUCAUUGGUAUUGUGUUUGGCACCGUCGCGUCUAUUGAUGACACGAUUACUGGCUGA